UGUUCUAAGUCUAGCUUCAAAACUCCCACGUCCAUCUCCAAACAAAUAAUCAAAAUUUAGCUGUGGAAUCGAUCGAGAGGUUUAAUGGAUUCCGAGGAUUGCAGUACCAAACAUCCAGUGUCUGUACUCCAAGGUGACAAGUUCUUCUUUAACAGAAUCAUCUCAAGAGAGUCAUCAUCAGUGGGCUGCUCGUCUCGCAUUUACUAUCGAAGCGCAGAAGGUGUUCCUUUUAAGUGGGAAAUGCAGCCUGGGAAAUCUAAAAAUCCGCCGGGGAAGGAGGUUGUUCCGCCGAUUAGGGCACCGCCGAUUAGGGCACCGCCGGCGGUGUUGAGCUUGGGGCUGCCUAAGCCAUGCAUAGACCAACACAAGAUAUGGAAGCUCAAAAGGAAGACAGUGUGACCAGUGUGGAGGACAGCACCAACGUGAAAUCCGAGCUCCGAAAGAGAGGAAGGCCGAGGAAGGACACAAAGGAGC